GGCAAUUGCUUAUUUGACUCUUAGGGUCCUUCUCUAAAUUCUCCCCAAUUCUUAGAGUUGCCCCUUCUCAAUUUUGUCUGCUAGGGUUUCAAUUUUUUCUAUAAUUACAGCUUCAGAUUCAUUGAUUAAGGGGAUAUUCUAUUGAUUUUUGAAGUGGGUGUUGAGAUUGUUUUGUGGUUGUGAAGAAAGAUGAAGCUUUUGAUGGAUUCAUCAGCACCAUCAUCAUCAUCGCCAUGUAAAGAGAUGAAGGUAUCGGAGUGUUUUGGAGAAAAUAGCGUUUUCCCACCUGGGUUUAGGUUUCAUCCGACAGAUGAGGAGCUUGUUCUGUACUACUUGAAGAGGAAGAUCUGUAGGCGCCGGAUUUUGCUUGAUGCGAUUGCAGAGACUGAUGUGUACAAGUGGGAGCCAGAGGAUUUGCCUGAUUUGUCUAAGUUAAAAACUGGGGAUAGGCAGUGGUUCUUCUUUAGUCCCAGAGAUCGAAAAUAUCCCAAUGGAGCACGGUCAAACAGAGCAUCAAAGCACGGGUAUUGGAAAGCUACUGGAAAAGAUCGUAUUAUUACAUGCAACUCUCGUGCUGUUGGAGUGAAGAAGACGCUGGUCUUUUAUAAAGGGCGAGCGCCAGUAGGUGAACGGACAGAUUGGGUGAUGCAUGAAUACACCAUGGAUGAAGAAGAGCUGAAGAGAUGCCAAAAUGCACAGGACUACUAUGCACUCUACAAGGUCUUCAAGAAGAGUGGGCCUGGCCCCAAGAAUGGUGAGCAAUAUGGUGCACCUUUUAGAGAAGAGGACUGGGUUGAUGAUGAGUGCCUAAAUGCCAAAGUCUCUGUUCAGCCGGAGAUCCCGAGACAUCAGGAGAGUUCUGCAAAGAACAUUAAUGUAGUUCCUGCUCCUGAUGACGCAAUUGAGGAAUUGCUGAAGCGUCCUUUUACUGUUGAUAACAAUUUUGCAUUGGAGCAGUUUGUUCAAGAGGAAGAUACUGAAAGUACCUUGCUAAAUCAGUCUUCGAGGGAAGUUGAUUUAUACAAUCAUUGUGCUGUCGCUGGGCCAAGCUGCCAGCAGUAUGAUGCGAGGGCAAGCUUUGACCUGACAGAGUCAGGCACAUCACCAUUACAUUUGUACGAGGCACCAGAGGUCUCAUCUGCUCCAGUGAAUCCUGUAAAUCCCCCAUAUGUGGUGGAAGAGGAUUUCUUGGAAGAUUUUUUGGAGAUGGAUGACCUCCUUGUUGCCAUCCAGGAUUUAGAGUCCAUUGCAGAUUUGUCUAAGUUAAAAACUGGGGAUAGGCAGUGGUUCUUCUUUAGUCCCAGAGAUCGAAAAUAUCCCAAUGGAGCACGGUCAAACAGAGCAUCAAAGCACGGGUAUUGGAAAGCUACUGGAAAAGAUCGUAUUAUUACAUGCAACUCUCGUGCUGUUGGAGUGAAGAAGACGCUGGUCUUUUAUAAAGGGCGAGCGCCAGUAGGUGAACGGACAGAUUGGGUGAUGCAUGAAUACACCAUGGAUGAAGAAGAGCUGAAGAGAUGCCAAAAUGCACAGGACUACUAUGCACUCUACAAGGUCUUCAAGAAGAGUGGGCCUGGCCCCAAGAAUGGUGAGCAAUAUGGUGCACCUUUUAGAGAAGAGGACUGGGUUGAUGAUGAGUGCCUAAAUGCCAAAGUCUCUGUUCAGCCGGAGAUCCCGAGACAUCAGGAGAGUUCUGCAAAGAACAUUAAUGUAGUUCCUGCUCCUGAUGACGCAAUUGAGGAAUUGCUGAAGCGUCCUUUUACUGUUGAUAACAAUUUUGCAUUGGAGCAGUUUGUUCAAGAGGAAGAUACUGAAAGUACCUUGCUAAAUCAGUCUUCGAGGGAAGUUGAUUUAUACAAUCAUUGUGCUGUCGCUGGGCCAAGCUGCCAGCAGUAUGAUGCGAGGGCAAGCUUUGACCUGACAGAGUCAGGCACAUCACCAUUACAUUUGUACGAGGCACCAGAGGUCUCAUCUGCUCCAGUGAAUCCUGUAAAUCCCCCAUAUGUGGUGGAAGAGGAUUUCUUGGAAGAUUUUUUGGAGAUGGAUGACCUCCUUGUUGCCGAACCAAAUGUUCAAAACUUUGAUCAUGAAACACCAAAUGGUCAAGUCUUUGACAAACCUGCUGGAAACCUGGAGACUCUGCAGUUUGAUGACUUUGAUGGCUUAUCAGAGUUCGACCUGUAUCAUGAUGCACCUUCACGUCUUGAUAAUGUGGGGACACCAACAGUGGGGCAAAUUGCUGAACCAUACAUGAACAACUUUGUGAACGGGAUUACAUACCCUGAUUCCACUACAUACAUGAGCACUUUCCAGAAUGACAUGAUGAACAACCAGCAGAUGUGCUUGAAUCAUGAAAAUCAGAUAAACAAUCAAUUCUGGAUGCAUGAUGAAAGAUUCGGCAGCUUCAACCCCAUUGAAGAAGAUCAAUCAGUUGUUGAUCAAGCAUCUUCAGGUGUGGUAAAUGAUAAUAAUAUGGCAAAUUAUCCUAUGGGCGCUAAUCAAAAUCUAGCCAAAAAGGAUGAUGGUACGCAGUCGUGGUUCUCCUCUAAUUUGUGGGCUUUCGUGGAUUCUAUACCCACAACUCCUGCUUCAGCUGCUGAAAGUGCUCUAGUAGUUAACAGGGCCUUUGAGCGUAUGUCUAGCUUUAGUAGAAUGAAAUUAAAUGUCGGGAACAUGAAUGUUGCUGCAGGUAAUACCUCUGCAACUUCAAGUAGUUCUGGCAAAGCCAAAUAUGGAUUAUGUUGUAUUUCUUUACUUGGAGUACUUUGUGCAUUCUUAUGGGUGCUAAUAGGAACUUCUGCUAAAAUCGUGGGGACAUAGAUAUCCUCAUAAACAUGUGUAGAGUUUUCUUUUGCUAUUUAUCAUCUGGCUUCUUGCCAGAAUCAAUGGAAA